AUGACGGCCUUCCCUUGUGGUCCUCUGCGUCUCCUGCUCUAUCGUGCAUGGACCUUGCUGCUCAUCUAUUACCAAAGUCUGGCUCUAGUGGUGGCAAAGUCUCGAAGAGAGGAUACCUCUUGGGCUUAUCGUGUUAUGCCUCACUGGAGGCCUUACAUCUACACUUCCGACCAAGAACCUGGAUUUGCCGAUCUCCCCGCGAACAAGGGCCGCGAGGGUAUGGCAUACCUCACGCACAUCAUCGAUAACUAUGAUCAAUUGGCCGAUAUCACCGUGUUCAUGCACGGCGGUGAUAGCCAGUGGCAUAAUGAUGUCAGGAACCUGGAUUCGCCGUCAUUGCUCCGUCGACUCAGUCUUCGUGCGGUGGAGCGCCUGGGUUACGCUAAUCUGCGCUGCCACCAUCGCCCGGGCUGCCCGGUGGCCGUGCGACCGUUUGACCCUGAUAUGACGUCCGACCACAACAUUGUCUACCGCAACUUCACCAGAAUUUAUGCCGACCUUUUUCGUGUGCCUCCGGAGCAGACCCCUGCGGAAAUUGGUGGUGUGUGCUGUGGCCAAUUUGCGCUCACCCGCGAGCGCAUCCGGAGCCGACCGAAAGAGGACUACACGCGGAUGCGCGAUUGGGCCAUCUCCACGGAAUUGGAUAAUUUCUCGGUUGGGUCUGUCUUUGAGAUGCUGUGGCAUAUUAUCUUUUUAGAAGGACCGAUUGCAUGUCCAGAUACUCAGCAGUGCUACUGUGAACUCUAUGAUCUGUGCGACGAAACGUUCGACGACCCGUGA